AUUUAUCUUGAGGCGUAUGAUAGUGAUUAUAUUUUAUCACAAUGGAAAUUGAUUCCACUUUAAUUUGCUUUUGAAAUGAGUGAAAGUUUGUUUGAUGUGGUAAACAAGUAUAAGAAUGAUAUUAUUUUGUGGUUUUAAUGGAUUUAAACAAUUUUUAUCUCUGUCCAACAACGAAAAAUAUAUUUCUGAAAACGAUGUUAUUGGAAAUUUUUUUAGUUGUAAAGUUGAUUAUGAACCAUCACUAGUUUCGGUCUCAUGGAGCAAUAUUUUAAUUUGGAGCAAUAAAAAAUUGAUACUGUCUGGCUUUGUUAAUGGAGAACCUGGAAAGAGUGAGUCUCUGGACAUACCAUUUAAGGAGUCUGUGAUUCAGACAUCUUGUGGUAAAUUAGUCAGUACUAUUGUGACUAGCAGUGGCCAAGUUUGGCAAUAUAAUAUUGAUAGUGGAAUAUGGAAGAAUAUAUCUAAUUUAUUCUAUGCAGAAGUACUUGAUAAGGAUCAAGGGAAAAUAGUGAAAGUAUGUAAUGGAGGUACUUUAAAUGUUGCCCUUUCUGAUACAGGUGUUGCUUACUGUAUUCCAAAUAUUCUCAACUAUUCUGGUAAAAUUAAAGAUGUGGCAUGUGGGAAAGAACAUGGUGUUUUGCUUACUGAAGAUGGUUCUGUUUUAACUUGGGGAGGAGGCAGCCGUGGGCAGCUUGGUACUGGUGAUCUUGAGAGCAGUGAAACACUGUGUGAGGUGGAGGCGCUCUCUGGUCUACGAGUGGUUGUAAUAUCUGCGGGUGGAUGGCAUACAGCUGUCGUAACAGAGGAAGGUGACCUGUAUACCUGGGGAUGGAACAAGCAAGGCCAGCUAGGAUUCCCAACAAUAGAUAUUGAGAAAGAAAACGGUGUUUCUGUGUUGGCUACCCCAAGACCUGUAGAUUUGCCUGAGAAUAUGUUGGUUGAACAAGUCUCCUGUGGUGCAAGUCACACAAUUAUCAAACUAAGAGAUGGUGAUAUAUUAGGCUGUGGUUGGAAUAAAUGGGGCCAAUUAGGAUUAAAAGGUGUUCAGAGAUGUUCAACUAUGACCAAACUUCCUGUAACUCCUGAAGCAUCAGUUCGACAGCUGGUUUGUGGUCCCUGGAACACUGUCCUCUUGUGCAAUUAAUGUAUGACAGUUGCUAGUUUUAUAUCUUUCCGUAAACAUUAUUUAUUAGAAUCAAUUUCAUUAAACUUUAAAAUUAAAUGAAUUUUAUUUAUUAAGUCAAUUUACACUGGCAUGAAAGAAUAUAUGUAAAAUUGAUUAGUUGUAUUCAAAUAAAAUUGUCAGCUCACUUAAGUUGAUAAUAUACAAAAAUAUUUUCUUGUUUUAUGAGCUGAAACAGUAUUUUCACUUUUCAUUAAUAGUUUAAUUCAGUGCCGAAAGGAAUAUGCUUAAUUAAUGUAUUAUUUAUUGUAAAAAAAUAUGAACCCAACUAUGUUUUGUUAUUUAUAGCUUCCAAAUAAAUUUU